AUGACUAGUGAGCUCUGGAAAGAAAUAGUCCACGAACUAGAUGCAGAUAUGAAGAAGCAAAAACGGAAGAUUUUGUUGUUUUUUGAUAAUGCCACAAGCCACAAUAUUUUAGAAGGGUGUGAAAACAUUAAAUUCAGCUUUUUACCACCAAAUACAACGGCUUCAGUUCAAUCACUAGAUCAAGGCAUUAUACACUGCUUCAAAUUGGAGUAUAGACGCAUAUUGGUAAAACAACAGCUAAUUGCCGUAAAUUCUGGAAUAUCAACAACUGAAUUUUUAAAAACAAUUUCAUUGUUGGACGUUCUACAUUUUGUAAACGAUGGGUGGAAGAACGUAACGCAAUUAACUAUUCGCAAUUGUUUUAAAAAGGCUGGAUUUAAUCUGUACCUCAAUGGCGAAGGAACUACUGAUGACAACGAGGAAGAGUCCGAUGAGAUAGAAUAUGGACAACGUAUUGAUUGGAAUGAAUAUGCAACAAUAGAUAAAGAUAUACCUUGUCAUGGUAAGUUAACGGAUGAGGAAAUUGUGCAAUCACUGGUUCCCAAUGAUAACGAAAACGGCAGCAAUGGAGACUUUGACAGUGAUGACGAUGCCGACGAUGAACCCGAACGCAAUACUCUGAAUGAAGGUUUUUUCGCCAUUGAGGUGCUGAAGCGUAUUUGCAUUCAAAAUAAUUGCGAAGAAUUUUUGCCAAACCUUACAUCUUUGGAGGAUAGAUUUUUUAAUUUAUCUAUAAAAGCGGCUCCAGUGCAAACAAAAAUUACAACUUUCUUUAAAAAGAACUAA